CGCAUCGCCUCGCGUCGCCUCGCUAUCUUCAUCCCCACUCCCUUCCGCGCGCCUCCUGACCACAUGGCGGCGUCUACCCCAUACUCCGGACUCCAGACUCCAUACUCCAUACCCCAUAUCCCGGGUUUGGGCUCCUGACUGCAGACUCGGCACUCCACAAUUCAAAUCUAGUAUGUCUGUGCAUUUUGACUGCUGGUUACAAAUGCCGUCGAUUCCUGCAUCUGAAAAUCCCAGCUUGAACCACUCGACUAUGAAUUUUCAAUCUUGAGAAUUACCAUUAUCAACACUGCUGUACCAUCAUCUCUUCCACCCUUCAGUGUUUUUGUACGUUGUUCAUCAUGGGUGGCUUUCGUGCUGCUGAAGAUAGGCCUACGCCCAAAGAGGUUUAUAACUGGCGCCUCUAUACCGAAGCCAUCAUUAUUGCUACUGGAUCUCUACUAUUUGGCUAUGACUCUGCAUUCAUUGGAACCACUAUCUCCCGCACUAGUUUCAAGAAUGACUUCGGCAUAACUGCUGCCACAGCCAACUCUAUAUCCAGUAACAUCACCUCUGCCUUCCAAGCUGGCGCCUUUUUCGGUGCUCUUUUUUGUUUCUUCAUUACCGAGCGUCUUGGCCGGAAAUGGGCUCUCCAAAUCAACGUCGUCGUCUUCAUUAUCGGCUCAAUUUUGAUGACCGCUGCAACUAACCAGCUCUCGUUCAUAUAUGUGGGACGGGUUCUCACAGGACUGGGUUGCGGUGCUAUCACGGCGACUGUCCCCAGUUACAUUGCCGAGCUAUCCAUUCCAUCCAUCCGAGGAAUGCUCACUGGCUUAUUUGAAGUUGCUUACCAGAUUGGUUCCGUCAUUGGCUUCUGGAUCAAUUAUGGAAUUACUCAAAACAUGUCAUCCAGCUCGCCGAACAGCUGGAGAAUCCCGAUGGCUUUUCAGCUUGUCCCAUCAGUUGUGCUUCUCAUAGGAGGAUUUUUCCUACAUGAAAGUCCUCUCUGGCUCAUGCGCAAGGAUAAGCUCGAACAGGCUCACAAGUCUCUGGUGGAUUUGAGAAAGCUGCCUCUGGAGGAUCCUUAUAUUCAAGAGGAGCUUUCUGCCAUUCGCUCAAGACUUCUGGAAGAGGCAGCCGUUUCGGGCAAGUACGGGACCGGUGCCUGGGCAUUUUUCAGGGGUGCCAUGGAUGAGUUCUCCCAGAAGGGUAUGAGAAAUCGGCUCUUUCUCGUCUUCUGCGCUUUCUCUCUGGCAAAUCUCUCUGGUGCAUCAGCGAUUAAUUACUACUCUCCAACGCUAUUCGGAUCCCUAGGAAUUACUGAUGUUGCACUUUAUACUGGCAUCUAUGGUCUGGUCAAAGCCAUUGCUUCGAUUAUAUUUUACGUCGGGCUUAUUGACAAGCUUGGACGACGUCGCCCUGUUAUUAUUUCAUGUUUUGUCUGCUCACUCUGUUUGUGGAUUGUGGGUUCUUAUGUCAAAAUCGGCCACCCAGCUUCUAUUAUCAAAGAAGGAGGUGUAUUGUCUGCAUCUACGGCUGCCGGCGGCAAAGCCGCGACAGGAAUGAUUAUGAUCUAUGCCUUCUUCUGGUCCUUCGGUUUGAAUGGUAUCCCAUGGAUCGUUUCCGCCGAAAUCUUUCCUGGUGCUCUUCGAAACUUAUCUGGAACCUAUACUGCUCUUGUGCAAUGGGCUACCCAAUUUGCUAUCACCAAGGCCUUACCCUAUAUUUUUAGUUCCUUUGGCUUUGGCACCUGGUAUUUCUUUGCCGCCUGGAUGCUAAUUGGCACGGCAUGGGCAUUCUUCCUCCUGCCCGAGACCAAGGGUCUUACGAUCGACCAGAUGGACCUGAUUUUCGGUUAUCAUAGUAGCGAACGCGUCGGGAUACCACAUACCUCGAUCAGCCGCCGCUAUACCAACAUGAACCAAGACAAGGCAGGUGUAGAAGAGACUGAGAAUGUUGAUGAGAAGGUUUAAGAAAUGAUACUCCAGUGAGAGUUUUAGGGCAAAAUUAUAUAGCUUCUACCUAAUGCUCAUAUUUAACGCAAUAUACUUUUCUAAUAUGUG